AUGUCCAUGGUUCAGUCUCCAAACGCUAAUGGAGGGCCAGAUAGCAGUUCUAAGGAGUCUGGAGCUACUCCAGGUGUCAAUUUUUCCAAAAUGACACCUUCUUCGGCAAACAGUGGAGCCCAAACUGCGGCUAGUAAUACUACCAAUAGCCAAGCAAUGCGUUUGAAUAUGGAGUCAAUGGUAGAAGCUUUCACCGAGGUGUUAGGAAAAGAUAAUUGGAAUAAAUACGCCCAAAUCAUCAGUUUGUUUAUCUUGGGCAAACUGUCCAGGAAAGAGCUAGUAAACGAAAUUGACCUUAUAUUCAGCUUUCCACGAGAGUCCGCUAGGAACUCCAAAUCUUCUCAAAAUGCCUUGAGCCAUGCAAACCUGAUACGAAUGCACAAUCAGCUCCUGCUUGCGAUCCUGGCAAACUCGUUGCGGGAAAUGCCAACGGGGGAGUCAAAUGAAGGUUCAUGGGGCUUCAACAACGGUUCUUCCAACGCAAGCAAGAAAAGAUCAAACAAGCACAACUCACAAAUUGACACUUAUAAGAAGAUAGUGAUGUCACUGCCGACUGAAGAUAGAAGUAGACUGAAAGCUAUCACCAAAGAAGCGGGCAAACGUGGUUUCGUGUUAUGCUCCGUGCUGCAAGCAAGACUCAACACCAUUCCUAAGAUACCGAUAGUAACAAACCCGGAAACUCUGAAAAGGGUAAAAGCCAGCAACUUGAAAACGCCUCUAGAGUGGUCUCAGGAAAUCGUUAAUGGAUUUUCAGCACCUUUGGCAACAGAAAGUUACUCUUUACCCGAUAAUGAUUCUCUGUAUCUCCGAAUGAUCAGUUUAGCACGCGAGCAUGGACUGGUAGGUGCUGUCGAUGGUCGUUGUGUCGAAAUCAUGACCCUGGCUCUUGAAAACUACCUCAAAAAUGUGGUUGAGUCCGCAAUCGACACUGUACGCUACAGACGAAAAUAUCAUUCUGAUUACUAUGACUUGAAUGACGAAGGUUUUUACAAGGGUGUUACAAGUAAUGAUGAAGACGAAGUUUUCGAAGAUGGUGAACCAAUCCAUGAUAUAAGGUCGAUAUCGAAUGUGGAAAUGUCGGAAACCCUGACCAUCUAUCCAAAUCUGGUAGCACCAACUGGUGCUCAGCUGGACCUGAAUAUGUGCGGAUUAACGAACGACGACGAACUUGUCGAAAUGAAGAGUAGUAUCGAUGAUCUGCCGGAGUUUCUUGAAGAAAAGCCAAACUUCACACCUGUCGACGAUAAGAAUGUGGGCAGCGGAGAAGAGCUAAAAUGGUUGAUAAGGCAAAUUCUCACCAAGGAAUAG